AUGCUCUUCAACAAAUUAUUCCUUGGCGCUAUACUCGCCAUAACCUCUGUUGCUGCCAUUCCCAACCCUGCGGCCGAGCCUGGAAGUCUUUUGGAGCGCAGCAAGCACCACGGCCAUCAUGACUGUGGCAAACAUGCCUCUUAUAAUGAGGAGAAGAAGGAGUGUGUCUGCAAUGCCAGUGGGGAAACCUACCACAAGAAGCAUAAGAAGUGCAAGAAAGAGAAGGAAGACAAGAAGCACAAGGAAGAGCGCGACAUCAUCGAGGAGCGCAACCCCAAGAAACACAAGCUCCUUCACCACUGUGGCAAGCAUGCUUCUUACAGCGAAGAAAAGAAGGAGUGUGUUUGUCACGACAGCUCAAAGGUUUUCGAGAAGCACCACAAGAAGUGCAAGAAGUCCAAGGAUGUCAAGAAGGUAGAGGAUGAUAAGAAGAAGGUCGAAGACGACAAGAAGACCGACGAUGACAAGAAGUCCAAGGAUGGAAAGGGACCCAAGUCAGAGCGAGAUGUCAUCGAGGAACGUGACCCCAAGAAGCACAAGCACCACAACCACUGCGGCAAGCACGCCUCUUACAGCGAGGAGAAGAAGGAAUGUGUUUGUCACAACAAGGCAGAGAUCUUCGAGAGGAAGCACAAGAAGUGCAAGAAGCACAUCUCUUUGAGAAGCAUCCUCCACCACUGCGGCAGACAUGCUUACUACGAUGACGCAAAGAAGGAGUGCAUCUGCCACGACAGCGGUAAGGACUUUCUCAAGGAGCACAAGACCUGCGCUUGUCCCCAAGGCGAGAAGUGGCACCACAUCGAGCGCAAGUGCUCCAGACACUAA